CGACGGCGGGGGGAGCGGGGAGCCAGAGGCGGCCGAGGAGCGGGGCGGGCAGAGCCUGCGGGGAGCUGGACACCGGCCGUCCCCCCCUCCCCGGACUGCCAUGUGCAUAGGACAUGAGGCGCUCUGCCGCGCCUGCUGCCCCUGUGCAUAGCCCGCUGCGGGCAGCAUCUGCAGGGCCAGCCGGAUACUGGGGCUGCGGUUGCUCUCGGCCCCCGAGCGGCGCGGCUCAGCCGUCAAUGUCCAUAGGCGGCUGCUGAGCGGGAGGGAAGGGGGAGUCUCUGCCCGCGCUGCCGCCCGUUCCCAGGAGGAGGAUGCACGGAGCCUGGCCCUGAGCUAUGGAGGGAGUCCUGUACAAGUGGACCAAUUACCUGACAGGUUGGCAGCCUCGCUGGUUUGUUUUAGACAAUGGAAUAUUGUCCUACUAUGAUUCACAGGAUGAUGUUUGCAAAGGCAGUAAAGGAAGUAUAAAGAUGGCAGUAUGUGAAAUUAAAGUUCAUCCAACAGACAACACAAGAAUGGAGUUAAUAAUCCCAGGGGAACAGCAUUUCUAUAUGAAAGCAGUUAAUGCAGCUGAGAGGCAGAGAUGGCUGGUAGCACUGGGUAGUUCUAAAGCCUGUUUGACAGACACCAGAACAAAAAAAGAAAAAGGUGCUUGUGGAUAUAGAGAAGCAGAUCUUCUUCACCUGUUGAGGCCACAGACUUUGUCCAUUGUGUUUUCCCUGGGAUGGCACGAAAUUAGUGAAACCAAUGAAUCUCUCAAAACCAAAAUGUCCGAACUUCGCCUCUACUGUGAUCUCUUAAUGCAGCAAGUUCACACAAUACAAGAAUUUGUUCACCAUGAUCAGACAAGCUCAUCUCCCAGCAUUGAGAACAUGAACGAAGCCUCCUCCUUGCUGAGUGCCACAUGUAACACAUUUAUUACAACACUUGAAGAAUGUGUGAAGAUAGCUAAUGCCAAGUUUAAGCCAGAGAUGUUUCAACUGCCUCAUCCUGAUCCCUUAGUUUCUCCUGUGUCACCUUCACCUAUUCAAAUGAUGAAACGCUCCAUUAGCCAUCCUGGUACAUAUAGUUCAGAGAGUAGUCACGCCACAAAAGAACCAAUUUCUUCACUCCACCGGUUAUCCCAACGACGCAGAAGAACAUACUCCGAUACAGAAUCCUAUAAUGAUAAUCCUCUUGAAGAUACAGAGAGACAUGCCCACUGUUCCAGAAGUGCUCUCAAUGGACACUUGGCACCAUCUACCAUUCCUGAAGAAAACAGAUCGGUUUCAAAGAAAAGAUCUGAACUGGAAGAGACUCUUCCAUCCUCUUCUUCCUGAAGAAACUGCAGUAUUCAACUUCCUAUAAGUAGUGCUAUGCAAAAGCUGCUGUAAUUAUAUUAUUGUUAUAGGGAGUAGUUAUUUCCCUUUUAGAAGGAUUUUUCUGCACUUUAUAGAAUAAUGUAAAAACUAACUUUGAAUUGUAUUUUAUCUUUAUAUAGUUUAUUUGCAAGAGUAUUUUCCUAAUGACUUCACAGUUUGAAUGUGCAUUUUUUUGGAACAAAUGAUAGCUUAACAGAUAGGCAUCUGCAUUUGUAAAAGUGUAGCUCUUUUCUAAAAAGUGUGAUGGUUUGAUAGUUUAAUAAACCUGCAGGUUUUAAAUCUUGAAGGUUUCAGAUUUAGGGUGGCGGGUGGGGGGGAAUGUCACUUGUGCCAUGGACCAAUUGGUCAUUUGUACAAAGUUAGGACCUGGUCUUGCAGUCCUUGUGCACUCACUGUUCUCCUUGAAUGGGAAUUUUGCUUGUGUAAGAAGUAAGGGAUUGAAUCCCUAAUGGGUUAAUAUAGCAGCUUGAUGGUAAUUUUAAUAUUGCCUUCCUUUAAAAGUACAAGGAUAUACAUAAUCUGGUCCUUAUUUUUAGCCAAUGGAAAGUAGAAAUAUCUAGUGUAUUUUUCUAAACAAAUGUAUAAAAAUUAACUUAUCUGCAUAUGAAGCAUUUGUACCAAACAUUGGGUAUUUAACAAUGUUUAUUUAUUUUUUUUGCACAAAAAAAAUUUCUACUUACUUUCAUUACUAAAGGUCUAAAGGCUUCAACAUGUACACAAAUUGUUGCUGAGGUGUGUAGCAUCACUGAAUAGCUAAUGCAGCACUGUAAAUUUACUCUGCUCAUUUCAACUGAGACAUAUUUUUAACAAAGUAUUAUUUUAGUGUUUGCUUCUAAAAUAGACUGUUAAGCUAUUGUUGUAAGGUAUGAAUAUUUGUAUCUCUACAUACUUUAUUUAUGACGUAUUUAUACAAAAGGGGACUUCUGUUUAUUAUGGCUCCUAUAUAUCAUUUCACUAUGGCAUAAAUGUAGAGCUAGAAUCUGAUCUCAAUUACACUUGUGUAAACGUGCAUUAGCUGUAAAUUAGAUCAGAAUCUGCCCCUCUAAUGACUGAAUUAAUAAUAUAGUAUAGCAAUGCCUGCCAUUACUUCUCUCUCAUAUAAGGUUGUUAGUGUUUGCAUUGUAAACUCUUGGUUUUUGUGUUCACUUUGAGAUAAACUUGGUCUAUAAGUCUUAGCCAUAGAGUACUUUUUAAAAAAAAAAAGUCGCUGUUUUUAAUUUACACAGUUCGUUAAUAAAUAUACUGGUUUUUGCAUUCAA